AUGCGUGAAAGAAACUCUCUGUGUUUUGUUUACACAGCUCCAUCCGAGGUGAUCAUCCACAAGAGAAGCAUCUUCAACCUAGCUGGUCUACUAACCCAGGCUACAGGAAGAGAUGGCGCCAUAUACUACAACGGCUACGGCUGUUUUUGUGGUUUAGGGGGUUAUGGAACACCCGUGGACGACACUGACAGAUGUUGUAAAGCCCAUGACGACUGCUAUGGUACCAUCAUGGAUUGCUGGCCUUACGUCGUAGACUAUAAAUAUUCCUGCAGUGGCAACAACUGUACUUGUGCACCUUCUAACACCUUCUGUGGACAGAAAUCCUGCAAGUGUGACCUUGACUUUGCCAACUGCGCAGCCAGGUCCAAGUACAACGCCAUCUACUGGAACUAUGAUAAGAAAAACAAAUGUUAA